AGCCCCUGAGCCCUGACCCAGCUUCAACCCCACAACUCACAAGGACACUCGUGCUGUCCUGCCUGCGCCUGAUAUAAACGAAACUCAAGCCUCCUUAGAAGAGAUCAGGUAGCUUCGAGAAACAAAGGAGCCAGCUCCAUCGUCUUCGUCGUUUUCAUUUGCCAGAUUUUGGAAACUGAUCAUGGCUGGAGGAGGAAAUUUCAUGCACAGAGUUAUAUCUUAUGUCGUCAAUGAGCUUGUCGUUGACAGACUUGCAAACAGUCCUGCAUUCCAAAGAUUUGCUGUGAGGACAUCAAAGAGGAUAGAAGAUAUCUCCAGUAUGGCUGAGAAGAAGAGGCAAGAACUUGCUGAACAAAUGAAAGAAAUCUCGAAAAACAUGGAGUCUAAAAACUAAUGAUCGUAUUCGUACGACUGCUCUGACCCUCUCGUAGUUUUGGUAAUCUCUAGCUUAUGUAUUGCUAUAUGAAUUCAUUUUCUGAAAUAGAGGGGUGUAAUUUGGCACCUCUAAUCCACUGGUUAUGGUACUGCUGCAUGUAUUUCAAAGGUGAUUUAUUCUCUUCCAAUUGGAUAAUGUAGGAGAAGUUUUCUUUUUGAAUAUGCAAUGAUACAUAUAUAUAUAUAUCCCAUUUAUAAUGAGUGAUAUUGACAAGCUGGUGGUAGUAUUAUGUUA